AUGCGCUUUAGACCUGAAACCAUGGGAGCUGUAUGCGCGGUAGUCUAUAUCUUGUCUCUGAUUAUCUUCAUUCCUUUCGCCUUUUACAAGGAUAUCGUGGCAGCAACUUCAGGUGGCGGCAACCGUGACGUGGUUAUUGGAGAUCAACAUAUUGAGACCGGACGUUACCUACACAGAUUCCCCCAUGGAAAGCUUGCGUCGUAUCUCUCAGGAUUGCUAUCCUUGCAAUCUGUGGUUAUCCUAGGAAUCGGCGACGAUCUCCUUGAUAUUCGUUGGCGACACAAGGUCUUGAUUCCUGCAUUUGCCUCAAUUCCCAUGCUCAUUGUGUACUUUGUCGAUUUUGGUGUCACGAAAGUGGUGGUCCCAGUUCCUCUGCAGGGCUAUCUUGGAGACUUCAUUGAUCUCGGAUGGCUCUAUUACAUGUACAUGGCAGCGGUGGCGAUCUUCUGUCCAAAUGCAAUCAACAUGCUGGCAGGAAUCAACGGAAUCGAGGUUGCGCAGUCACUUGUCAUUGCAAUUCUCCUGUUGUUCAAUGAUGCCAUGUACCUGGCACCGAUCACGCCAUACCCGCAUCCUGCUACAGACUCACACCUGUUCUCCAUUUACUUUCUACUACCAUUUAUUGGUGUAUCGGCAGCCCUUUUGUGUCAUAACUGGUACCCAUCAAAGGUUUUUGUAGGCGACACCUACUGCUACUUUGCGGGAAUGGUUUUCGCUGUUGUGGGUAUUCUUGGGCAUUUCAGCAAGACCUUGCUCUUGUUGUUUGUGCCUCAGAUAUUCAACUUCUUGUAUUCUACACCGCAGCUCUUCCACUUUAUCCCCUGUCCUCGUCAUCGGCUGCCGAAAUUCAAUGCAGCGACUGGGCUUUUGAAUACCUCUGUUACGGAGUGGACCGUUCCUCCAUCUCCAUUCAUUGCGUGGAUAUUGGAUCUCCUACAUAAGCUUCGUCUAGUGCGCGUCACCAAGGACAAUGAUGGUCAAAUUAUCGAAUCUACAAAUCUGACUAUCUUAAACCUUUGGCUCGUGUGGAUGGGACCUAUGAGAGAAGAUACUCUUGCAUGGCAUAUGGUCGGAGUUCAAGUUCUGUGUGGGCUAUUGGGCUUGUUUAUCCGACAUCGUCUGGCAUUGCUCGUCUUCAAUAGCGAUAACCGCACAUUGCAGUUUAUGGUAUAA